UGGUUUCAUAUGUUCUGAGAUUCAUAUUUGGUGCAGAUAUGGCUUCUCAGUCCCAAUCUCAGCCACCAGCGCCGCCAUCGAAGACAUCGGCUCUGGCAGCUCCGCUAAGUGCAUUAGGGUUCGAGCUUGAAGAGAUAACCCCCAAAAAGGUCUCUGGUCGCCUCCAUGUCACUGAAAAUUGCGUCCAGCCAUUCAAGGUGCUACAUGGAGGGGUAUCAGCACUCAUCUCUGAGGCCCUGGCUAGCAUCGGAGCUCACAUGGCCUCUGGUUUCCGAAGGGUGGCCGGGAUUCACCUCAGCAUCAACCAUUUGAAGCGCGCCGAGCUCGGCGACCAUAUCUUUGCCGAAGCCUCCCCGGUCAACGUCGGCAAAACCAUUCAGGUUUGGGAGGCGACAAUAUGGAAGAUUGAUCCUUCAAACUCAAACAUCAAAACCAUAGUAUCCUCAUCAAGAGUUACUCUUUUAAGCAACAUGCCUGUGCCGGAGCACGCGAAAGACGCCGGUGAAAUGCUCAAGAAGUAUGCCAAACUAUAAAUUUUGAUGUACCCUAUUCAUGUUCGACUCUGCUUGUUAUGAAACCAACAAAGAAAUCAAAGACGCUUUGAGUUA